GGGAGGAAAGCUAAGCUCCGACUAGACACGAAUGCGGAAGCUUAGGUAGGUAUAAAGACUUGUGAGGCUGCUGCGUUGUCUGGCCGGAAAAGCUGCAUCCAACCUGCUCGAGACUGUCCCUAUUCUCAAAUCAAGCACGAUGCCAGCUCUGAAAGAUGUCGGGAAUAUGAUCAGCCGCCAAGUCUUCGGACGGCCGAGCCUGCCGGAGGGCGACUUUGCGGGCAAGACGAUCAUCAUUACGGGAGCGAAUACAGGCGUGGGCUUUGAGGCAGCGAAGUACAUUGCUCGAUUGAAUGUCGCACAUUUGAUACUCGCUUGCCGCAACGAAGACAAAGGCUUGAAAGCCGUGCAGACCAUUCAGCAAGAAAUCCAGCCAGCAGGCAAGCUGGAGGCCUGGAAGGUCGAUCUCGCCCAUUACUCUUCCGUCGUAGCCUUCGGCCAACGAAUAUCCACUCUCCCACGUCUGGAUGGCUUCAUUGCCAAUGCCGGUGUGGAAGUCCAGGACUUCCAACUAUGCGAGGGCAUCGAGCUCCAACUUUGCGUGAACGUGGUAUCAACGCUCCUCACCGCGCUCGCAGCUCUGCCAAAAUUGCAAGCGACCGCGAGAGAAUUCAAAACGCAGACGAACCUCACCUUUCAAGGCUCCUACUACCACAUCAUGGCUCCCGAUCAAGAACUCGACAACAUCCCCAAGACGACAGAUAUCUUCGAACACCUCAGCCAACCUGGCUUCGACGUCUUCGGCCGCUAUUCGCUCAGCAAAAUGAUGCUCCAUCAAUGCGCCCACGAAUUGGCAGACCGCGUGACGGACGUGGUAAUCAACAUCACCCAUCCCGGCUGGGCAGCUACGGAGCUUGCGCGAUCGAAAGAGUCCAUCUCCUGGGGCCAGAAAGCCGCCUUUGCGAUGAUCGGCUGGAGCGCGGAAAAAGGUGGGAUCAAUUGCGUGAACGCCGUGGCUGCUGGGCCGGAAAACCACGGCUACUUCCUGUCCGAGGGGCAGAUUGCGCCGGAGUCGGAGUUUAUGUGUGGUUCGCGGAAUGCGGCCAUCCAGCCGCGAGUGUGGGAGGACUUGAUGGCGAGGAUUGGGAAGGUUGCGCCUGAGAUCGCGGCGGUGGUCGGUGCUAAGAGUCGGCAGGGGUAGAGACUUACCGAAUACACGCUGUGGAUGCUUGCCGGGCGAUCGCUGUGAUUAGAGCGUUCCUGUACUUCAAUAUAGUUAAACCAGAAAAGGAGGUUUACUCCCCAACGCACCCAUAUCAUAGCGCUUACAAGCGAGGCUGCCGAAUGGCUGGUUAGUAAGCAGGCGCGAGCUGCGAUUAGUCAAAGACAAGCUGUCUCCGUCAGCCUCGCCAAUUGACGCGGCCCUCCCUCUCUCUCUUUUAGAUCCU